GAUGUUUUUAACACACGCACCGUUUCCCCAAGUGGUCUUCCACUGGAUGAGCGAUAAAGAGAGGAGUGAACUGUGAAAUUGUAGAGAAAGGAGAAAGAACACAGAAGCGAGCGAAGAAGGAAGGGAAGAUCUCUCUUCUCAUCUUCUCAAUCCCGCUCACAUUUUUUUUUUUCAGUUUCGGUUUCAAAAACUCGAAUUUUCGCUCUCUCCCCGUGUUCUGCCGCUUCCGGCAAAGUCAACCCCUGAGAAGCCAUGGAUUCCGGCGACCCGACAGCCAUGCUUUUGUCGAAAAUCAAAAGCUUGGAGCCGGAGUUCGCGCCGAAGAUCAUUGGGUAUCUUCUCUUGCGCGGCUGCGAGGAGAGGGAUUUGAUGCGUUUGGCUCUCGGACCAGAGGCAGUGUUGCAGUCCAUGAUUGUGAAAGUGAAAACCCAGUUGGGACUACCGUCGAACAACUUGUCUGCGCCGUCAACUCCGCCGUCUCCUUCGCCGUUGAACCCUAUUUGUCGGCCACCCAUCAACGGAAGAGGCGGUAACCCUAAUGGGUUCAUGGAUUUCUGUAGAAAUUCCCCUUCGUCUCCGUCUUCCAACUCUUCAUGGCCACUGAUUAGUGCAAACCCUAACGGGAGCAACACCCACAUUUCCCCCAAACCGAGCCAUUUUCUCUCGCUCGACGGUAUUCGUAGUGGGCCGAUCUCAAAACCCUCUGGUUCUCAUCAAAACAACGAAGGGCCUGUAGCAGAUGCGGGUGGUGACAGUGGCACCGGUGCUGAUUUACUUGAUGAGCAGCAGCUGGGUGAUUACCUCUCAUUUCUCGACGAUUCGUCUUCGAAAACCGAGGAAUUUAUAGAUCCCCGGGUUCCGUUGGACUACUCCGUCAACGUUGGCGAAACCCAUUCGCACAGGAGGAGUUUCUCGGCAGAUGCGUGUUUCGGGUUCGAGGAUGAUGGUUUUGAUGCGGGAUUCAAGCCUUGUAUGUAUUAUAGUCGCGGUUUCUGCAAGAAUGGCGAGAGCUGCAAGUUUAUCCACGCUGGCUUUCCAGAUAAUGUUGACGGUAAUGGCGUUAUGGUCGAUUCGCCGAGAAAAGUGGAAAGCUUUGUGCGGCAGCAAGAGGAGAUGAUGAGAAUGAAGAUGGCUUAUCAGCAGCAGAGAUUGGCUGCUGCUCAGUUCUUGGCUAGGGUUCCUCAGUUGCCAAACGAGAAGAGAAUAGAUUUACUCUUGCAUCAGCACCCUCACCGCAGAGUGGGUGGUGCGUUACCUUUUGGUGAUGAUAGAUAUUGGAGCAGCAGCCCGGGGCGGCUUGAGAGGAGCGAACUUAUGGCCAUGCACUUCAGCGAUCAGUCGAGCUCCGCUUCCAGGCAGAUUUACUUGACUUUCCCUGCUGAUAGCACCUUCAAGGACGAGGAUGUUGCAAACUAUUUCAGCCUUUUUGGAGCAGUGCAAGAUGUGAGGAUUCCUUACCAGCAGAAGCGUAUGUUCGGAUUUGUUUCGUUUGUCCAUCCCGAGACCGUGAAGCUCGUGUUAGCUAGAGGGAAUCCCCAUUUCAUUUGCGAUUCACGUGUUCUUGUGAAACAUUACAAAGAGAAAGGGAAAGUCUUGGACAGGAAGCAGCAGCAUCUGAUUCAACAGCAGAUUUUGCGAGGGAAAUUUUCUCCGUGUUCCAGUCCAUCUGGGGUUGAUCCCAGGGAACAGUGUGAUUUCCCCCUGGGUUCAAAGAUGCUCUACGAUGGACAAGAGAUGAUGAGAAGGAAAAUGGAGCAGGUUGAACUGCAGAGAGCCAUCGAACUCGAAAGGAGACGUUUUAUAAAUCUGCAACUUCCUGAAUUUAAGAACGGCAUAAUGCCACAUCACCAGCGUAGUUUAUCUGUGGGAUCUCCUGCUUAUUUUUCAUCAUGCAGUAACCAAAACUCUGUUUUCUCAUCCGAAAACCCGGGACCUGAAGGUUUAGAAGUAAAUGGCAAUACCCAUCUAGCCAAUGCGCAUCCUUACCUGGGGCAAAGCUCAGGUAGCGUUUACCAUAACAAUUCAAUUGCAAAAGAAGGCACUAAUGAUAGUGAAACAGUUGAACCGGGCGGUGAAAGCACCAUAAAGCUUGUUCUUCCUAGUAACCUCUUCCCUUGUGUGGAAUCCGCCGCUGAUGCUGAUGAUGGCCAGACGAAAACCGAUGAAUCUGCUGAAACCGAUGCAAAAGUUGCAGUCUUGGCUGCUACUGGCAAUAACCCCGAGCCGCCACUCUCAGUGGUAUGAUGCAGCAGUAGCUGUUGUACCUCAUAAAUGCCAACGGUUUUUUGUGUUAUGGAUAUGAGGCUGCCGAGGUGUAUGUAAUAAAAAGGUAAAAGCUCCUAUGGCUUCCCAUCAUCUUGGAACAAACAACCAGAAAUCAUUUCGGGUUUUUUUUUUCCGGGUUGCAGACAAGUAGAGAGAGCAUACACAAGGAAGUAGGAAUCAUGUAUAUGUAUAGCUAAGUCAUAUAUAUAUAUAUACCAGGAGGAGGAGCAGGAAGAGGAGGUAGAGAGAUUCAUAUUAUAUGAUAAUCAUAUCACGAUCGCAGGUUUUUCAUCAAGUGAUGACACUAUACUACUAACAAAGCCGACGCAUAAGAACGAAUACUCGGAAGAAAAAUACAAUCUUAAUUCCGUAUUUGGACUUCCUUUUUUUCUUUUUAUUUUUUUCCUUUUUCGUUUGCUGUCUCUUUUGUCUGUGUCUGGUUUCAGACCACAGAGACAUCUGUGAUGUUGUAGAAGACGAUAACAUGCUCUGCUAUAUCUAGUUUUUCUGUUAAGCCUCUGUUUGUUUGGUAUUUUUGCAUUAUCAAAGACCAAAGCAAAGUCAAUGCGUUUUCCCAUUUGAAACC